UUCGCUCAGUGACAAAUGUUCAAGCGGUAACAAUAACAAUUAUUUCUGUCCCAAAGUGUCGUGUCUGUACGAAAAGUACAUAUCGAGUAAAACAGUCUGUGAUGCCAAGGAUGAUCGAAAUAAAGGAACUUUUUCAUCAUGAGUAGACUGACUCCCAAUCCAGCUAAAGUGCUGAUCCGCGAGCAAGUAGCCGCCAGGAUCGCAGCUCUGUCCACCGAAGAGAAGACGAGGCAAUCUAAAAUUGUUUAUGAUAAGAUUGUAAAUCAUCCUUGUUACAAAAAAGCUAAAAAUGUAGCGAUAUUCAUGAGCACAGAUCAGGAAGUUGACACUGCGCCGAUAAUUGAUCACAUAAAAGCUAAAGGGGGCGCUGCGUUCGUGCCGCAAUACGCUGGUGGCAAGAUGAAGAUGCUCAAGUUGGAGUCAGGGGACGAGACCGCUAUGCCUUUAACCAGGCAUGGCAUACAACAGCACAGCAAGGAACAGAUCAGGGACGACGCUCUGGAUAUUGGUCUGGACCUAAUUAUAGCACCAGGAGUCGCAUUCAGCCGGAGCGGCGGCAGAGUGGGCCACGGCGGUGGAUAUUACGACAAAUACAUCAGCAAUCUACGACAAAAUCCUGACACAGCGCCUAAAGUGGUAGCAAUAGGAUUCAAGUGUCAGGUUUUUGAUGAAGUCCCCAUGGACUCUCAGGACCAGAAGAUUGAUGACGUAGUCUUCGCGGACUGACGAACUAUCUGUUUGAAAAUAUUGUUAUCUCACUCAAUCUAUAUGGAAAGAUAGAGAUAGGUAUAUGUUUUAUUAGUAAAAGUGGUUUUCGUGGCCAAGACGUCGCCAAAUAUACACGCCUUAGUUCAAUGUUUCUUUUAAAAUAUUUUUUUAUCUGUAUUUUAAUGUAAAUUCAAAAUAAAAUUGUUUAUUUUAAA